AUGAAUCACCCCUUCUACGACGUGGCCAGGCACGGCAUCCUGCAGGUGGCAGGAGAGGACCGCUUUGGAAGACGAGUCAUCACCUUCAGCUGCUGCCGGAUGCCCCCCUCCCACGAGCUCAACCACAGGCGUCUGCUGGAGUACCUGAAGCACAUGCUGGACCAGUACGUGGAGAGUGAUUACACCGUUGUCUACUUCCACCACGGGCUGAACAGCCGGAACAAGCCGUCCCUGGGCUGGCUGCAGAGCACCUACAAGGAGUUUGACAGGAGGUACAAAAAGAAUUUGAAGGCCCUGUACAUUGUGCACCCCACCAACUUCAUCAAGGUCCUGUGGACCAUCUUCAAACCCCUCAUCAGUCAUAAGUUUGGGAAAAAAGUCAUCUAUUUCAACUACUUGAGUGAGCUCCACGAACACCUCAAGUACGACCAGCUGAUCGUCCCCCCGGAGGUUCUGCGGUAUGAUGAGAAGCUCCAGAAGCUGCACAAGGGCAGGUCGCCCCCUCCCGCCAAGACACCGCCACCACGGCCCCCUCUGCCUACCCAGCAGUUUGGCGUCAGUCUGCAAUACCUCAAGGACAAAAAUCAAGGUGAGCUCAUCCCACCUGUGCUGAAGUUCACAGUGACCUACCUGAGAGAGAAAGGACUCCGCACUGAGGGCCUGUUCCGGAGAUCGGCCAGUGUCCACACCAUCCGCGAGAUUCAGCGGCUGUACAAUCAAGGGAGGCCCGUGAACUUUGAUGACUAUGGCGACUUCCACAUCCCUGCUGUGAUCCUGAAGACCUUCCUGCGAGAGCUGCCCCAACCACUGCUGACCUUCAGGGCCUACGAGCAGAUUCUCGGGAUCACCAGUGUCCCGGGAGAGCAUUUUUAACAAAAUGAACAGCUCCAACCUGGCGUGCGUCUUUGGGCUGAAUUUAAUCUGGCCAUCCCAGGGGGCGUCCUCCCUGAGCGCCCUCGUGCCUCUGAACUUGUUCACCGAACUGCUGAUCGAGU